AAGUAAGGACACUACUUUUGGCACCUUGCGCUCAAUUUGUAUUGCCAUCUCUCUUUUUGCUCAUUCUCAUAGAGUACCGCUGAUAUCUACUUCGGUCUCUCUCCACCAGUAGGGUAAAUAAUAUGGGAGACGGUUUGUUUGGUAACCCCAUCACAAACUCAACUUUAGAAGGAAUGCCUGAUUAUGAAGAUAACAAGAAUAUAGAUCGCAAAGACAGAGCUCGUGUGGCUCUCAACAUGAGAAGUUCAGAGGAAAAAAGUGUGAGAGCUGUCCAGUAUCUGCAGACCAUGAAGGACCAAUGUGAUGGUGAACUUGGGGGAACACUUUGCCUACUUUAUAAUGCCACUGGGGAUCCUAUAAGGUAUGUCACCCACUACGAUUGGGGUAAUGGACAUCCCGGACCAACUCCAUAUCCAAUGGAGAUCGCCAACGGACAAUGGGCUGCCUUUCUACAUGUUCCAUUAUCGACGAAUAAACCUUACGCUACUGGGGCCAUUGUGUAUCGUGGAAAGGAUCCAAGAGGGGUUGAUUGUGAUUGGAUGGUAUCAUGGGACAACCCUACUGAUAAAAUAAAUAAUACACCCAAGGCUUAUUCGGAGGUCCGUGAAAAAAACCACUUCUUCAAUUCCGAUUUUUGGCGGAUAAUAUAUAAUAAAAUGCAGAGUAGCGGCAUUUGUUAUGAUGGCGAUAAAGAUGUAGACAACUCGUACGGAUGCUCCUUAUCUGUAUCCAUUGGAAGUAAUAGAUUCCCCAUACUUGUUGCAGUAUUCACCCUGCAAGGUGUUUGAUUUACUAUUGCAGUUCAGUCAAAAAUCACUAUCCUUAAUGAACUAUGAUUUGGGCAUGCAAGUUUAUAUGGUUUGAAUAAUGUCAUUAUGGUGUUUAUCGUAUAACAGUAUUUGUUAUUAUAUUUUAUCAUAUUUGUGUCUUAUUUGGUAUUGUACUGUAUUUGUAUUGUAAAAGUAUUUACUGCUACUUUGUGAGUCCAAAAAUAAAUAAAUAAAAGAGUGGUAAUGUA